GCAGGGACUCCUCCCUCUGCAGAGUUGGGAACUGCUGUGCCUUUCUGCAAGCCUGACAGCCAGCAUUGGCGCAUUACGGUCCCGCCACUAACCUUUCCCUUUUUGUCCAGCUUCUUUUUAAGCCACCUUUACCUCCCAUACUUCUCUCAUCAUCCUCCGGGGGACACGCGUCGGAGCGGCCUCGUCUAGAAUGGGGAACCGAGACGAUGAAUACGAUUUCUUGUUCAAAGUGGUGUUAAUUGGGGACUCCGGUGUCGGUAAGAGCAACCUGCUCUCCCGAUUCACACGAAACGAAUUCAACCUGGAGAGCAAAAGCACCAUCGGCGUGGAGUUUGCCACGCGCAGCAUUCAGGUGGACGGCAAAACGAUAAAAGCUCAGAUCUGGGACACCGCCGGACAAGAGCGCUACAGAGCCAUCACUUCGGCAUACUACAGAGGGGCGGUAGGGGCGCUUCUGGUGUACGACAUAGCCAAACACUUGACUUACGAAAAUGUGGAACGUUGGCUGAAGGAGCUGAGGGACCACGCUGACAACAACAUUGUCAUCAUGCUGGUGGGCAACAAAAGCGACCUGCGCCACCUGAGGGCCGUGCCCACCGACGAGGCCCGAGCCUUCGCAGAGAAAAACAACCUUUCAUUCAUAGAAACUUCAGCCUUGGACUCAACAAAUGUUGAAGAGGCCUUCAAGAAUAUCCUAACAGAAAUCUACCGCAUCGUAUCGCAGAAGCAGAUAGCUGAACGGUCGGCCCACGAUGAGUCGCCCGGGAAUAACGUGGUGGACAUCAGUGUGCCUCCGACAACGGACGGCCAGAGGGGGAGCAAGCUGCAGUGCUGUCAGAACCUGUAAUGGCGGCCAGAGCCACUUUUAGGGAGGAUUGUCGUUUGGGAUCCAGUGCUGGCAUGCUUCCGUCUUCCCGGGCUGCAACAUAGUCUGAAAUCGGCGUAAUUUACAGUAGAUCCAGGAAACCGGUUCAUGAUCCCACAGAAGGAAUUGAUUUUUAAGGUGUAAUCUGACCCACUUUCAGCCUGCUACAGUACAUUCUAGAGCAAAAACUGGACUGCUGGUACCACACAGGUGUGACUUUCACCCUGAUUGAAGUCUGUCUCUGGUAGAUGUUUCAGUAGUACCAGCUUUCCAUUUUUUGCAUCCCACUUCUACUUGUUCAAGUCAUCUCAAAAGUAGUAGUGAUGCUGCUGAUGCUUUCUUCCUGUAAAAUAUAUUGCUUUCGUUUUUAUUUUGAUAGCGUGUCUGCUCACAUACAUUAUAUUAAUGACAUGAAAAUAAAUUUUACAAUAUUA